AUGCAAAGAAGAAGAAGCUCCUGCGGCGACGACGAAACGAUCGCUAGCUCAAAGAUCGAGCCCUUAGCUUCACCAACAAAGUAUCACACACCGACGGUGCAUGAUGGCGGAUGUGUGGGUGAAGAUGAUAUUUUGGAUAGCAGCCGGGUUGGGGCCAUGAAGAAAGAGAAGAAAUACCAGCACCCGGCUGCACAGGUCCAUCCCGGUGGGUCUACGGGGACAGAUGAGACUAUCGGGUCGACGAAUGUGGAUCCGUUGUUCUCGAAAGGGAAGAACACGACGAGAAAGGAUUCAUUAGAUGAUGGCAAGAUUGAUGGGGCGAGAAUUGCGCUGUCAAAGGUCAACCCCGCCGGAUCCGCGGAGGCCGCUGCAUAUGUCAAUUGCGAAAUCGAAAACCCGGUUGGAGGCAAUAUCGAUUAG